AUGAUUUUUGAUAAAAGAAUUGCAAUCAAAUUUGUUCUUGCUGUUCUUUUCUGUGUGUUUGUUUCGGGAGAUUCGGAAGUGAGAUGCGUAGAGAGGGAGAGAGAAGCUCUUCUAAGCUUCAAGAAUGGCCUCAUCUACGAGCAUGGCCAUCUCUCGUCGUGGCAAAGCAACGAGUGCUGCAAAUGGUAUGGUGUCGAGUGCAGCAACGCCACCGGCCAUGUCAUCAGCCUCCAGCUUAAUGGUGUGAAUUUGAGAGGUAAGAUUGGCUCUUCGUUGCUUGAGUUGCAUCAUUUGAAUUCUCUUGGCCUCAGUUGGAAUGAUUUUGGAGGCAUUCCGAUCCCGGAAUUCAUUGGUUCCAUGAAACAGUUGCAACACUUGUAUCUUAGGAGUUCUAACUUUUCCGGGAAUGUUCCUCCUCAGAUAGGGAACCUUACCAACCUACGCUCACUUGAUCUCUCGUAUAACUCUCUGAGGAUUGAGAAUCUCGAUUGGCUUUCAAGUCUCUCAGUGUUGUCUUAUCUUGAUCUAAGUCACAUUGACUUAAGCCAUGCCAAUUUGUUAGAACAAGUCACAAGUCUUCAGUUUCUACAUGAAUUGCACUUGGCCUUCUGUAACAUUAGUGUUGUCAAGCAUUCUGUUUCUCACCGGAGCCUUACCAAACUACGCUCACUUGAUCUCUCGUUUAACUCUUUAAGUCAUACAUCUAUAUUUAUAUUUGCUUCUGUGUUGGAGUCACUAGAAAUAUUGAAUCUGGAAUAUAAUCAACUCAAUGGAUCAAUACCCGACCUGAGAGCAUUUUCUUCAUUGAAAGAAUUGUACCUUUCCGGGAAUAACUUGACCGGCUCCAUUCCUCUAAGUAUUGGCCAGCUCUCGGAGCUUCAAGUUCUAGACCUUUCUUAUAACUCCUUGGAAGGUUUAGUCUCUGAAUCCCACUUUAUCAACCUUGAUAAGUUAAAGACACUAGAUUUAUCCUUCAAUCAACUGAUGUUGGAUAUUGCCCCUGAUUGGAGUCCUCCUUUUCAGUUGAAAACUAUAUCUUUAGCUGGGUGCAGUGUGGGCCCGUAUUUUCCAAAAUGGAUCGGAACACAGAGGAAUUUGUCAUCCCUUGAUGUCCAUGGUGCCAAUAUAACAGAUGAAGCCCCAAGUGGUGUUUACUUGGGUGGGAAUAUGUUCAAUGGUUCACUUUCAUCUAUUUGCGAAACUCACCAUGAUAACCUUAGAGCCCUUACCCUUUCAAAUAAUCAGUUGGCAGGAGAGGUUCCGAACUGCUGGGAGAAAAUGCCCAACUUGCUCUCCCUCAAUUUGGCAAACAAUACUUUUUCGGGUGAAAUUCCCGCCUCUCUGGGCGCUUUAGGGUACAUUGUUGCACUGCAGAUGCAUGGUAACAAUUUAUCGGGUGAGUUGCCUUACAGUAUGAUCCUUUGCCAAGAAUUGAGGUUGAUUGAUGUUGGAGGGAAUAUGUUAACAGGAGAGAUCCCCACUUGGAUUGGCCAUAUGUAUAAAAUGCUUUUUUUAAACCUCCGUGGAAAUAAAUUGCAUGGCAGUAUUCCUUCCCAGAUAUGCAAUCUUAUUAGAAUUCAAGUUUUGGACUUGUCGAUAAACAAGUUGGAUUCGAUAAUACCUGAUUGCUUCAACAAUUUUACUGCCUUGGCCAGUACGAAUAUCAUAUAUUAUGAUCUAUAUCUUUUUGGUACAAAUUUUGAUAUUAUGGACGAAAAUAAGCAGGGUGGAUAUUCAUCGUUUCAAUGGAAAGGUCAGCAAUUGGAAUACAAGAAAAAUCUCGGGCUUCUCAAACUCAUUGAUUUUUCAAGCAAUAGAUUGAUCGGCAACAUUCCAAAAUCAUUUUCUGACAUGAGGGGAUUAAAUUCCUUGAAUCUAUCGGGAAAUAGUUUGACCGGGAGUAUAAUUCCUGACAUUGGUCAAAUGGAUAUGUUGAAUUCUCUUGAUCUAUCACACAACCGACUCUCUGGUAACAUACCAACGAGUUUGGCAGAAAUAUACUCUCUUGGCUUUCUUGAUUUGUCAAACAACAACUUGUCCGGGAAAAUUCCAGCAAGUACUCAACUUCAAAGCUUUAAUGCUUUGGCUUAUGCCGAAAAUGAUGGACUCUGUGGCGACCCUCUGCCAAAGUGCCCUGAAGAUAGCUUGAAGCCACACGCCACUUCACCCGGGGAAAACAUGAAUGAGAAUAACGACAUCGACUUCUCAUUUAUGCAAGGAUUUGGCCUAUCAAUGGCCUUUGGUUUUGUUUUUGGAUUUUGGGGGAGUUGUUGGUUUAUUCUUCAACAUGCUGGAUAUUGGUCCUAA